GCACACCCGUUAAGACGGAGGUCUAAAGUCGUCCGCGCCUUCGGAACCCCAAGGACUUUCGAAAGAUGGACUCCAAUAAUCAUUUCAACUAUGGCACCCACUCCUCACCAAACUCAGGAUUGAAACUGUCCUCAGGGGAUUCUCUUUACACUAACGGGUCCUCCAUGAGUUUUCCUCAGCAGGGGAAGAAUACAAAUGGCGAAAUGAAUGUGAAUGGCGUCACUACUGUACUUGGGUCGAGUGUACCUGGUUCCCACCCACCGUCGUCAGCUCCAUAUCCACACAUGAGCGGCCGCCACCAGAGCAGCAUGGGCUAUGACUACUUGUGGGGAGGACACCCUCAGUACAGUCCAGGCAUUGGCACAUCCCCGGGGCAUGGGCUGCACCAGAAGCAGCCUACACCUGGGAUGGCGCAGCCUCAGUCACAGCACCUCUUCCAGGGUCAGGGACAGUACCAGCUGAACGGGGCUGUCGAAAGCUCCCGCCAGCCCCCUGUAACAGGCUCAGCCAACAUUCCUCUGACGGGGAACCAGUACUGGAGCAGAAGUAACCCCAGCACGCAACAGAUGAGCUACGAUUCCCACAGCUUGUAUGGCAGCUACCAGAGUCAGGCACAUUCUGGUGUCACACCAUCGCAGCAUCACCAGCAGCUGUCACAGCAGCCCCUCCAUUCCCACCGUCAGCCGCACCAGCAACCGCAGCAUUAUGGCCUGUUGCCGAACAGAAUGCCCCUCUAUCAGCAUCAGUCCCAUCGCCCAUCCACGCCAUCUCCACAGCAUCAGUCAACACAGCAGUCUCAGCCUCAAGGACAGGCUCAGAUGAUGCCCCUAACUGCCCAGAAUUUGACUCCUCCACAUGGCAGCCCACAGCACCACAGUGUUGGCAGAGGGAGCACCAGCAGUCCUCUGCCCGCAGGGAUGUCGCCAACACCAAUCAAAUCACCAUCAGUACAAGAUAGCGGAUCACCCAAGAGUCACACCAGGGAACGGAGCCCCCAUGUCACCAGUGUGGGGAUGUCUUCUCCAGUCCACGGCCAUUCGAGGGAAUCCAUCAAAGAGACUGACACAAGCUAUAAUGGCAAUGAAAGGGCACUUGUUGCCCAGAGGUCUCCAAAACCGGACAGUUAUCAACCUAAAGCCCCCUCUGUCCAUGUGAGUCCUCAAAGUGAUCAUCGUCUUUGCUCAGAUCAGCCAGCAGCUCCACGUCCAGGAAUGACCUCCCCCGUCAGAGAUUCUUUUGUCUCACGUCCCCCGUGUGCAUCAUCUCCUCUCUCUGCGUCAAAAGUAGGAACCUCGGUGUCUCUAACAAAAGCCUCCACACCAUCGGGGGUCUCUGCUUUGUCUGGAUCUCCCACAUCUGCACCUGUCGUUUCAUCCUGUGACGUUGAGCCGAUGCCUCCACAAAUGUCAGGACCUCACAAGAUGUCCUUUGCUCCAUCUGCAGUUGCUUCUUCCAGACUUUCUUCACCUCCUCUGACAGUACAAGCCCUCAGACCUUCCACUUUUGCACCUGAAGUAUUCCCAGAUACACCCAAGUAUCUGCCAGAGGAAGCCUCUUCUUCCCUGCCUGUGGCUCCUUCAAAGCUGUCAACAUCUCUUGCUUCGACUGAGAGCAGUUCUAGACUUGCAGCAGGUUCUUCAAGUCCCUCAGUUUCCUCUUCAUCCGAGUCUUCAGCUCGUCAGGCAAAGUCAGUACUGCCUCCUACAGCCUCUGGACCAUCUAGAACUAUUUGUCCUCCUGCCUUAGUCUCUAUCUCUUCUUACGCUGCACCUGUAACAUCUCCAGAGAAACACAUGGUCCAUGGGUCCAAGGUACCUUGCUUCCCUGAUGCACCUGGAGGGCCUCGUGAAAAACCUGCUCCCCCAAGAUUAAUACCUACAACUUCAUCAGUGAGUACAAAUUUCACAUCUCUUCGCGUGGCUCCCCCUCCGAUGUCUAAAUCUGGAUCUUCAACAUUACCUGGCUCCUGUUUACCGACUUCAGCAUCUCCUGCAUCGCUGACUCCUUCAGCCGGCAGUAAAGUUUCUGAACCUGCACCAGCGUCCUGGUGUCAGACGUUCACCCCUCCAGGUUUUAGUGCAGGUCUUUCGGCUGCUUCUGCAGCAUCAGCACCACCAGGGUUGGUAGCCUCACCCCGCUGUGCAACCCAAGACAUCCCAACAGUCCGACCUCUGUUUACCCUACCUCCUCGAACCACUCAAGCCUCCAGGACUGCACCCAUGUCCAACCCUCCUGCCUUGGUGUCCGUGCCUCCGGUCGUAAUCAAGUCUUCUAGAGCUGUCCACAGCUCUGACUUCAAACAGCAUCUUCUAAACGCCAUCACUCCUCCUGUGCAGAUGCAGUCGUCCCCCAAGUUGGAGCAUCACGGUCUCUGCAAGGACAGGAAAAUGGUGGAACAUAAAAGAAAUGAAAAAGCAGAGGAACACGUCCCUCAGCUUGAUUCAGGCGUAAUAAGAACAUCACAGGUCGAACCGACUGACGCUAAGACAUCAGAAACCUGCUCGUACAAACCCCUCCCUGAUCUCCCAGGAAAACCCUCACAAACCACAGAUAACCCCGGUACAAAUCUGAAGAACACGCCACCGGUUUCUGAGAAGCACCACGUGAAGAUCAGUGUCGUCUCAGAGGCAGACGACUCCUCUGGAGAGUCGGCUUCACCUGUAAAAUCCUCGAGGCUGCCAUGUGUGAGCGAUGAACAAAGCUUUGACAACUCUCAUGCUGCCUUUUAUUACAAAGACAGUUCAACCUGCGACACCCCCUCUAGAUUAAAUAUGAGCUCUGUCUUGGAGAAGACCUCUCUUUUAAGUGGAGAUAGCUUAUUUUUAGGUGACUCCACUCAGUUUGACACGUCUCAACUUGACAGCACUUCCUGUAACAGCACUAGAGAGAGCAGCUUUUCUGUGGACGAGUCCAGAGACGACACGUUGGACUUGACCAGGGAGGGGGAACCAUCUGAGUCGGAGAGGACGGGCAACAGCAGCCAACUUACAGGAGGCUCCAUGCUGGAGUCCUCUUUAAACAUCUCUCAGACCGAGGAGCCUCCUGUCCUCUCAAGUGGUGUGUCCCACUCAUUUGUGUCACCUCAACCAGUCCAUCAAGGUCCUGAAGCAAAGCGGGAGCAAAGUGGACACGAUACCCCAGACUCCAUUAAACGCAUUAUUAUUAAGACCACCACUAAAGAGACAGCACCCCCAUUUUAUAAGAUUAAAGAAGAGAAAUGUGUGGCCUUCAGUACCCCAGCAGACAGCUCCACUGAACACCCCCAUCAAGCAGUUUCUGAGCCGACCGUGACCCCAGGGAAACCACGCAGACCUCGAGUUUCAAAGGUUAUACUGAUUAAAACCACAGCUCCAGAGAAGUCCCAGCGGAGGCCACGAGUUAGAACGCCAAAAGCGGAGAAAAUAAAGGCAGACGACGAGGGAGGAGCCCAAGAGAGGCGAGCCCGAGGCAGAAAGAGGAAGCCAUCUCUCCAGGUCCAUGAUCAAGAAACAGCCGGCGUGUCGGGGGAGGCUGGUUCUCUCGCGCAGGAAGUCGAUCCGAUAACGGCUGCGAUCGAAGCCGUCCUGGCCAACGCCUCCAUCAUCAGCACAGCCGUCGAGAAACCCAAGAAGAGAAGGAGGGUCAAAAAACGAGUUCAAGCGGGAAACGCAGAGACCGCACAGAAACAAGACGCCAGAACAUCUGCUGAUAACGUCGAUGAGAACGAUGACGACAGCUCCACUGCAGGAGAAACGAACAGACGAAGGGUCGCAACAGAAGAACAGGUCCAGUUCCCUCUGCAGCACGGCUGGAAGAGGGAGAUCCGUGUGAAGAAAAUCGAGAACCGCAUGAAGGGGGAGACCUGGUAUUACACUCCUUGUGGAAGGAGGAUGAAGCAGUUUCCAGAAGUCAUCAAGUACCUGAAGAGACACUCGGACGGCGUGGUCACCAGAGAACACUUCAGCUUCAGUCCACGCAUGCCUGUUGGAGACUUCUAUGAAGAAAGAGAAACAUCAGAGGGCACAAACUGGGUUCUUUUGGCUAACGAGGAAGUUCCCUCUAUGAUCAUGGCCAUCACUGGGCGGCGCGGUCGACCUCCGAACCCAGACAAAGAAAAACCUCCCACGGUUCGAGGCUUGAAGAGGGGGCAGGCUCGCCGCCCUGGUAGACCUCCUAAAAUCAAGACGGUCGACCUCCUCAGUAAAGUUGAUGCCAAGCUGCUAAAACGACUCCAAGCCAAGGAAACUCUUACAGAGGAGGACAAGGAGAAACUGGCCAAAAUCAAAAAGAAAAUGAAAAAAAAGGCAAGAAUGAAGAGAAGAGAGGAUUUAAAGAUCAAGAAGAUGAACGAGGAGAAAAAGAGAGCCAAGCUCGAGUUAGACGUCCAACUCCAGGAGGUAAAGACAGAACCAACAGACACCGCAGCCCCACAGGUCCCAGGCUUAGAGUCGACGGCAGAGCUGAAAAAGCCCGGUCGCAGGAGGUCGGUGAAAAGUGAAGCCGCCUCACCCGUCCAGCAGGCGUCUGCAGAGAGGGUGGUCCAGAGUAACCGGGCGGUGAGCGCUCGGAGCAAAGCCAAGGCCCUGGCUAAAGCCCAGGCGGAGGCAGAGGCGGCAGCUCAGGCCGCUCUGGCAGCAAAAAGAGCAGCAGAGCGACGAGCUCAGGCCCAGAGACGUCUGGAGGAGCGGAAGAGGCAGCAGCUGAUCACAGAGGAGCUGAAGAAGCCCACAGAGGACAUGUGUCUCACCGAUCACAAACCGAUGCCCGAGCUGUCCCACGUCCCCGGCCUGGUUCUCUCUGGAACAGCGUUUGCUCACUGUCUGGCUGUGGUCGAGUUCCUGCACGGUUACGGAAAAAUAGUUGGUCUUGACGUACCCAAGGACGUUCCCAGCCUCGCUACUCUGCAGGAAGGUCUGCUCGGUCUGGGCCACAGCCAAGGAGAGGUCCAGGACCUCCUCAUAAAGCUGGUGGAGGCAGUUCUGCAGGAUCCAGGCCUGCCGUCUUAUUAUCAGUCGGUGAAGAUUCUUGGAGAGAAGCUGGUGGACUUGGAGCUGACCCGCAGCACCGUCUCAGAAGCCCUCCGUAUUUACCUGGAAUCCCACGGUUAUGAGACGGAAGUUUGCAACACACUGAGGACCAAAACCUUCCACGUCCUGCCUCCGGACACCAAGGCAGCCAUCCUGGGUUACCUGGUGGAGGAGCUGAACAGCAGCAACAUUGUGACAAACAACAUUGACAACACAUUAGAAAACAUGACGACCUACAGGAAGAACAAGUGGAUCAUCGAGGGAAAACUACGCAAGCUUAAGGCGGCGCUAUCACGUCGCACAGGGCGCUCCGAGGAGGAGCUGUGCUUUGAGGAGAGGAGACGCAGCGCCAGAGUAGCUGAAGAAGAGAACCACAGUUUGGAGGAGAUCCUGGAGAGAGGAAAGCUGCGUGCACGCAAAGAAGAGUCCAAGCUCAGUGAGAGUGAAAGUUUGACCAACGCCAGCAUUCCUGAACUUGAAAAACACAUUGACAAACUAACCAAACGCCAAGCGCUUUUCCGUCGAAAGCUGCUACAGUCGUCUCAUUCCAUGCGGAUCAUAACGCUUGGUCAGGACCGGUACCGUCGCAGAUACUUGGCUCUGCCUCACCUGGGAGGGAUUCUGGUAGAAGGACCUGAAGAGCUACUGACUUCAGGUGAUGUCCUCGUUGCUGAGGUUCCUGUGACCUUCCUUAAAAGGGAGCCCAAAGUUGAAGAGGCUCCUACACCGACCCCACCCCCACCCCCACUGUCUUCUUCUCCAUCUUCGGCCACACCGGCACCGGCCAAGACCCUCCCUCCAGAGGAGGACCCCCUCCCUGGCACCGCAUCCCUCAUGAGCACGCAGCGAGGCCGCGGGCGCCCUCGAAAGAUCAAGCCUGAAGUCGAGCUGCACCUCCGCACAGCCAAGAUCCGCCGCCGGCGUCGUAGUAGCAUCAGGUCUGUGGGAGAGGACGGUCCGGGGUCACCGAGCGGUGGCUUGUUGGACCUCACUCAAGCAGCCUUCAAGAACUGGCUCAGCCAAUCACAGGAGGCGGCGACCAACGGGGUGUGCUCGACAGCAGGGGACGGUCCGACUGGUAAUCCUCCCGAGGAGACGGUGAAGGAGCUGGCAGAGAAACAGGGACAGUGGUUCAAUCUGCUCCCCAAACAGCCGUGUGACGACGACUCUCUGACAGAGCCCCAGGUGGCCACCUCGCCGAGCUCACCCCCCAAACUGCUGCCGCAGGUGCUGAGUGCUCUCCCGGCACUCGCUGCUCCACUCAUGCAGCCGGACCCACUGUUGCCGAGCCUGGUUCCUGCUGACCUCGUGGUUCCUGCAGCACCACCGGACAUCAGCCACACAGGUGCUGCACCUGAGGGUGCUCCUCCCGCAGCCUCUCAGACUCCGCCAGUUCCCAUUCCUCCUCCUCCUCCUGCUACUCCCGCCACCCCCGUCAGGCCGGGCCGCAGGCGCAGGCGAGGCAGCAGAGGCAGCAGCCCCGCCCGCAGAGGAUCUCGAGGGGCCGCCGCCAAACGCCGCGGCCGCCCACCCAACUCUGCCUUCCAGGAGCUGGAGCAGCAGUUCUUCACACAGCUGGUGGUCAAGCCCAUACCUGCAUCGAUGGUGCGUGGGUGGUGGUGGAUUAAAGAUCCGGACGAACUCUAUGGCACUUUACAGUCCCUGCACCCGCGGGGCAUCAGAGAGAAGGUGCUACAUAAGCAUUUAGCAAAACACAUGGAGAGCUUAGUGGAGAUGUGCACCUCCCCCAUCCAAGAUCCACUGUUCGAGUUGAAGCCAGACGAGAAGGACGUGCUGCUGGAGGCGCUGCAGCAGCCCUGGCAGGUGCAGGAGAAAGCCAUGGAGACGGAUGUCAGCGCCCUGCAGUGGGUGGAGGGCCUGGAGCAGCGGGUCGUUGCUGCCGAUUUACAUAUGAAGGCCCUUCCUCAGGGGGCGAUCAACGAGGCAGAGAUGAGCACAGAAACACCGAUGCCUGAAUUUCAGCCCUACACAAUCCCAGACCCCGACUCCACCCGCGACGACCUUCAGUACUACGAGCACGACGUCGACCCGCGGGACGACUGGAUCGUGCGAACCAAGAAGGAGUGGUCCGGCCUGCCUCGCAUCGCCACACACCCGCUGGACCUGGCCAUCUUGCGGCUCGCCAACCUGGAGAGGAACAUCGAGAGGCGCUACCUGAAGGAGCCGCUCUGGAACCCAGCGGAGGUGAUGCGUCUGGCUCCCCUCACCCCCACACCUGGAGAGGAGCACCCGAUGGACGUGUUCAGUCUGGAGAGUGAAAUCACCUCUCGGCUCCGAACGUGGCGGCAGGCUCUGGACCGCUGCCGCAGUGCUCCCCAGCUCUGCCUCUGCUUGCUUCAGCUGGAAAAGGCCAUCGCGUGGGAGAGAUCCGUUACUAAAGUGACCUGUCAGGUUUGUAAGAAGGGAGACAACGACGAGUGCCUGCUGCUCUGCGACGGCUGCGAUCGCGGCUGCCACAUGUACUGCCUGCGGCCAAAAAUCACCCAGGUGCCAGAGGGAGACUGGUUCUGUCCAGCCUGCGUCUCUAAGGAGGGAGGCGAAACUCAGAGCGCGUCCAAAAAGCGCUCCAGGGUGAAGAAGAGAAGGUACGAAGACAACAGCUCCGAUGACGAGGCAUCGAGACGACGCAGCGGUGGCAUGGCGACGCGACACAAAGAGACCGCCGCUCCUUCAUCAUCAUCAACAUCAUCGUCAUCCUCCUCCCGUUACUCCGGAGAAGGAGGCGGCACUAAACGACGACGCAUGACGACACGCAACCAGCCCGACCUCACCUUCUGCGAGAUCAUUCUGAUGGAGAUGGAGGCUCAUGCAGACGCCUGGCCGUUCCUUGAACCCGUCAACCCACGACAGGUGCCGGGCUACCGCCGCAUCAUCAAGAACCCCAUGGACUUCCUCACCAUGAGGGAACGGCUGCUGCAGGGAGCGUACUGCAGCUGUGAGGAGUUCGCCGCGGACGCUCAGCUGGUCUUCAACAACUGCGAGCUCUUCAACGAGGACACGUCGGAGGUGGGGAUGGCCGGACACUCGAUGAGGCGUUUCUUUGAGAGCCGCUGGGCGGAGUUCUACUCAAACAAGGACAAAUAGGAUCCUGCAGCGACCGCCACGAAGGGGGCGGGGCUCCAGACUUACUGUUGGUGCUGUCCCCGUCUCACACACACUCUCCAUUACCGCUGAGACUGCCUGGAGCUCGUUCCAGCCUCGUGUAUUAUCUCAUGUAUAGGUUUAUAUGUAUAGACUUCUGGCUCUUUGUCUGUUAUCGUUUCCUCACCCGGUCGAAUCUUUUCUAAAGGCCAUUCCUGUUUCAGAGUGAGAACGUGUCCAUCGUCACCUUCAGCCUUCCUUGUCUCCUCGUCUUCACCUCAUUCCCUGUUUGCGCUCACCUGCCACGGCGAGGUCUCCGGUCGGUCCCCGCGGACGUGGCCUCGAGUAUUUUAGCUCUCACACUCACGCCAACGGUCAGACUGAUCACCUUCCUGCAGCCAGGACCUCCUCAGCGCCACAAAAAGGGUCCAAACCCGCCGCAGCACUCGGACCCGCCUCUCACCCGUUCAGUGGAAACGUCGUGUGUGUUCUUCUGCCUAGAAGUAAUUUUUCGGCUCAGUAUAUUUUUUAUUAAAUAUUCUAUAUAUAAAUAUAAACAAAGACUACACUAGCUGGGAUUAUUUAAUAGCAAUAGCUUGUAGUGAAUGUGUACAGAUGUUCUAUAGAGAUGUUUAGACAAUUUAUGAGAACGGCCAGUCACACUUACAGGAACCUGUUGGACCGUCACAUGUAGAUGUUGUAUAACCUCCACUUAAAGUCACACACACACACACACACUCUUUUAUGUUUCUCCCACCUGCUGCUGCGAGAAGACACUGGUUUCAAACGUUAAAGAUCUUUAGUGUUGGAUUUCCUGUGAAAAGCAGAUGUUCAGCUUCUGAUCUGGACCACCUAAAGGGCACUUCUGUAAAUAUUCUGGACACGCGGCGACGAUUCUCACGCUCCGCUUGUUUUAAAACGUCAGACACAACGAUGUGCUGCUGGAAGGGUUUAAACUAAAACAGCUGGCCAGAUGAAAACAAAGGCGGCUGCAGUCGACUGAAAUCUUUUUAACUUUAAAAGGAGCGUCGCCCACGAUGAAGCAGCGGACUCGUUUCCGCCUCACAUUCCUCCGUAUGAUUCCUGAGCUGUGGCCAACGUUUGACGUGUGCUACGAAGGUGACGGGACGACUCCAGUCUGGAUUUUAUUUAAACUCGCUUCUUACACUGAACUACUUUUCUUUGCUUUGUUUUUAUUUUAUUUUUGUUGUUGUUGGUGUUCAUAAAAAUUAAAAUUAAAAAAAGGAGAAAAAAUAAAGACGACGACCAAAUGUGGUGUUAAAGUGAAUUUUUAAUAAUGUACAGUUUUUGGUGACUUUAAAUUUCAUCCUUUAUAUUUUUUAGGGCCAAUUCAUGGUUUUUAAGAGGAGGUAUUACAAGAGUCUGUCGUAUU